AUGUCCGGCAGCUCACUUGAUAUUUCCAAAAACAGUCCUGCAGAGAGUCAAGGUUGGGAGGCUUUCAGAGCAAACGAGCCAAAGCUUAAAGAGCAACAUGACUGGGUUCGGAGCCAGAUACCUUCUGAGCUGCAGACAAUCCACAACGAGUCCAAUUUACCUGAUAAGCUCAGGCGAAUUCUCACUUGGUCCCUGGUCCUGAAAUCUUCUCCUCGGAAGGAGCCCCAGGGUCGAGGAAGCAGCAACGAUCUGGAAGAGGAAUCCAGGCAAUCUGAACAGGAACUACACAAUGGAAACGAACCUCGGGUGCCGCCCCAUAUCGAUCCAGUCCGACAAUUUGUGCUUCCUCGGCGACUCAGGAAGGAUGUAGCCUCUGAGCCUCGCGGGCUACAUCCUGACAGCCACGCGCAGACUCCGACAACUUCUGCGAACCCCCCCAAUGAAUCACGCUUUAUCAACCACAAUGCUCCCGGAAGUUUCCUGGGUCUUAUCACAACUCAGAAGACGAAAGCAGAGAAGGACCAAUCCACUGCUUCCAACACUAAAAAAGCGCUUCCAAAGAAAGAUUCUAUGGUGGAAUGCAUUAGUUGCUUUGACGAGUUCCCAAAGACCCAGACGGCACAGCUAAUCUGCACACACUCAUACUGCAAAACGUGUCUGACGACUUUAGUCACCAUUGCUCUCCAGAACGAGGCCAGCUAUCCCCCAAAAUGUUGCCUGACUGUUAUCCCCUUACAGACAGCUCUUUUGUUGCUCAGCUCGAAACAGAGAGAAGUAUACAGAGAAAAGGCAGCAGAAUACGCAGUCCCACCUCAGGAUCGGUGGUACUGUCCGAACCAAAAGUGCUUGAAAUGGAUCCAUCCCUCGAAGAUCCAAGGAAAGCGCAACCUCCAUCAGAAAUGUCCUCACUGUGCGACCAAGAUCUGCGGUCUCUGCCGUGGCUCAGCACAUGAACGAUUUGGAGACUGCCCGCAGGAUUUUGAUCUCGAAGCAACGAUUACUCUAGCCGAGCUGGAAGGCUGGCAUCGUUGCUUCAAAUGUCGGACGAUGGUUGAACGCAUUACAGGCUGCCGCCAUAUGACCUGCAAAUGUGGUGCUCAAUUCUGUUAUGUCUGCGGUGCCCAGUGGCGGACAUGUGGCUGCACGGAGGUAGACGAGGCCAACCGUCAAGCAGAAUUGGGACGACGCCGGACGGAGAGGCAGACUGCGUUGAAUGCUGAAGCUGCGGAGGUGGCCCGAGCUAUUGCUGCAGUUGAAGAGUUUGAACGAAGGCAAGCCGAGCAGCGUCGACAGGAGGAGGAAUCGCAACAAGCGGAGCUGGCCAGGUUGGAAGCCCAGCGCAUACAAGAGGAGGCCGCUCGGAGAUUGGAAGAAGAGCGGUUGGAACGUGAAUUCCGGGAAAUCCUGCGAACGUCGGUCGAAGAGUCUUGCCAGGAGCUGCAGACAGCGCUGGAUGAGGUGAUGCAAGUUCAGAGACAGACCCUCGAUAGCCGACAUGUCAGCGCUGAGCAGCAACACUCCCAAAGGUGUGCCGCAGAAAUGACAAAGCAAACAACACAGAGCGAGGAGCUCUUGGCCACAAUGGAAGCGAACAUCAACAAGAGAACCAGGUCAAUUGAGGAUAAACAAAGAGCCGCUUUGGAUGCUUUCAACGCGGAGCAAGAAGAACUCGAAGACGACUUGUUCCUAGAGAUACAACUGCACCUUCGCGGCAAGGCUGAUAAGGAAGCGAGAGAGCAUCGGCUGCGAGAGAAAUUCAAGAAACAGCAAGACGCACAACGGGAAGAAGUGCUCAUCAGACACGGGUCCGAGCGUGACGCUCUCAAGUCCAACGCUACGAUGGAGCUCGAGGGGGUGAAGCGAGCCUGCGACGAGCAGAGCGCAAGGCUUCAGACAGCUCACGAAAAUGACCUGAGCAGCAUGCGAGCCACGGUUGCGGCAGACCGAGCUUGGUUCAACUUUCUCGCCGAACGACGGCAGAACCUAGUGUCUGCAAACAACCGCCUGAUGCUGGAAGCUCUGGAGGCGGGAGUAGACCCCGUCGGCCUGACCGAGGAAGAUGCCAUGACGAUCGGGCCAUUCCUGCCUACGGCCGGACAUCCUGACUCCAAUGCUACGGUUCCCAACCCUGCGGUCACGCAUCACCCUGAUGCCAGUGCUAGUGUGCCAACGCCAGCGGUCACGCAUCCCACCGGCGAAACAAGACAAGAGCAGUCGCAGCAGAGGUUGCGCGUCCCAUCUCGCGAAUCAAGCCCAUCCCCAUCCAGAUCUCUUGUCGAGCUUGCCACUACUUCGCAGGCUCUGUUGAACAGCCUGGAAUCCGACUCGACAGUCGCAGAGUCGAGCACAAGAACAAGAACAGCAAACGCGGCGGCAGUCGUGCAGCCCGAUCCGAUCUCAGGAAGCAGCGUCCACACUUCGAUGACAGGGUCGGUCAAUGUCAACGCCAGAGUCAGCCGUCCUUUCCGCAGCAAUAGAGUCGCAGAGACGGUGCCGGCCCCGCAGAAACCGCGCCAACUCGACACUCACACUUCUUUGCGAAUGGCUAGAUGGCGCCCUUGGCUCGGUGGUUCGAAGGCUUAG